ACUGACAGCCUGCGGCAGAGCAGGACGCGCCCAGUCCCCAGAGCAGUGGCCACCAGUAUCACUGGGUCUUCCUGGGAAGGGUGGCCGUGAGGUGACCGAAAUGGCCUGGUGGAAAGCUUGGGUUGAACAGGAGGGCGUCACGGUGAAGGGCAGCGCCCACUUCAACCCCGACCCGGACGCCGAGAUCCUCUACACCGCCAUGAAGGGAAUCGGGACCAACGAGGAGGCCAUCAUCGACGUGCUCACCAAGAGGAGCAACGCUCAGCGGCAGCAGAUCGCCAAGUCCUUCAAGGCUCAGUUCGGCAAGGAUCUCACCGAGUCACUGAAGUCAGAGCUGAGUGGCAAGUUCGAGAGACUAAUCGUGGCCCUCAUGUACCCGCCAUACAGGUACGAGGCCAAGGAGCUGCACGAUGCCAUGAAGGGCUUAGGGACUGAAGAAGGGGUCAUCAUUGAGAUCCUGGCCUCUCGGACCAAAUGGCAGCUGCAAGAAAUAAUGAAGGCCUACACGGAGGACUAUGGGUCCAGCCUAGAGGAAGACAUCCAAGCAGACACCAGCGGCUACCUGGAGCGGAUCCUCGUGUGCCUGCUGCAGGGCAGCAGAGAUGAUGUGAGCGGCUACGUGGACCCAGGACUGGCCCUGCAAGAUGCACAGGACCUCUAUGCAGCGGGCGAGAAGAUCACCGGGACCGACGAGAUGAAAUUCAUCACCAUCCUGUGCACGCGCAGUGCCCCUCACCUCAUGAGAGUGUUUGAAGAGUACGAGAAAAUCGCCAACAAGACCAUCGAGGAGAGCAUCAAGAGCGAGACCCACGGCUCGCUGGAGGAAGCCAUGCUCACUGUGGUGAAAUGCACCCAGAACCUACACAGCUACUUUGCGGAGAGGCUGUACUACGCCAUGAAGGGAGCAGGCACCUGCGAUGGGACACUCAUAAGGAUCAUCGUCUCCAGGUGUGAGAUCGACUUAAACCUCAUCAAGUAUCAGUUCAAUAAGAUGUACGGCAAGACCCUCAGCAGCAUGAUCAUGGAUGACACCAGUGGUGACUACAAGACCGCCCUGCUGAACCUGGUGGGCAGCGACGCAUGAAGUCCCUGAAGGAUGAGAAUCAAGGCCAAGAAGCAGGGCCCCGGCCCGCCGCACGACCUUGGCCAUGGGUGGGGCAGGGGGACCUCAGCUGGCUUCCAGUCUUCUGUCUCCCCGUGCUUUCCCCCAACACGCUUGACCCAGAGGA